AUGCAGCGUGAGAGAUCUCGUUCUCCACGGGGUGAUCGCUCUCGUCGUUCACGGAGUCCUCGUCGUUCGCGUCGCUCAUAUUCUUCUCGCAGCCGCUCUCGCAGCCGUGACGAGUAUCGCCGUGGUGACCGUAGAUCCAGAUCGCCUAUGAGUGGUGUGGGUGGCCCUUCUGGAGGUUCUGGUUACGGUGGACGUGGUGGGCCACCAUCAGGAAGAUCUUUUGAAGACCGCUCAGCAGCAAAAGAGCAAAUGAUGCAGUCGGUUCGCGACUCCUCUCAGCAGGACCGCAGGGUCUACGUUGGAAAUUUGUCCUACGAUGUGAAAUGGCAUCACUUGAAAGAUUUCAUGAGACAGGCUGGAGAAGUUCUCUUUGCCGAUGUUUUACUACUUCCGAAUGGAAUGUCGAAGGGCUGCGGGAUUGUGGAAUACGCAACGAGGGAACAAGCUCAGCAAGCAGUGAAUACCCUGAGCAACCAGAACCUCAUGGGACGACUUGUCUACGUGCGCGAGGACCGUGAAGCCGAGCCACGCUUUGCAGGACCACCAUCAGCAAGAGAAUUCAGCGGUGGUGCUGGUGGUAGAGGUGCUCCUGGUGGUGGCGGCGGCGGCGGCGGUGGUGGUGCAGGCCGACAACUCUACGUCUCCAACCUUCCCUUCAAUGUUGGCUGGCAAGAUUUGAAGGAUCUGUUCCGUCAAGCUGCUCAACAAGGUACUAUAAUCCGUGCAGACGUCUUGACCGACCCCAGCGGCCGCCCGAAAGGCUCCGGCAUUGUUGUUUUUGAAUCUGCAGAUGACGCCAACGUAGCCAUUCAGCAAUUCAACGGUUAUGAUUGGCAAGGAAGAAUUCUUGAAGUCCGCGAAGACCGUUAUGCAGGUGGAUCCGGAGGUGGGUUUGGCGGCCGUGGUGGGUUUGGCGGUGGGUUCGGUGGCCGUGGCGGCUUUGGUGGUCGCGGUGGCUUUGGCGGAAGAGGUGGUUUUGGAGGUGGCUUUGGAGGACGAGGUGGUUUCUCUGGCGGGGGCGGCGGCGGCGGCGGCGGCGGCGGCGGCGGUUUUGGUGGUGGCUAUGAUGCUCCUCCUCCACCUCCAUCUGGCCCUCCCAACCCUUUCACAGAUUAUGCAACCUCCGGAGGUGACAAGAGUGCGACUAUCUUUGUCCGUAAUCUGCCGUGGUCCACAUGUAACGAAGACCUCGUCGAUCUUUUCACCACUAUUGGAAAGGUUGAACGUGCCGAAAUUCAGUAUGAAGGUAACGGUCGUUCCCGUGGAACCGGCGUGGUCGAAUUCGACAGCGUAGAGACUGCUGAGACCGCAAGGUCCAAAUUCACUGGUUAUCAGUACGGCGGUCGUUCUUUAGGCAUCACGUUUGUCCGAUACGCUCAUCCUUCUGGGCCCGAAGAUGCAAUUGAUACAAGUGACAACGCCGGCGGUCUGACUCAAGACCAGAUGAUGUAAUUUUACUUCCAAAAGAUUCCCCAUGUAACUUUUUACUUUCUUGAUGUGGGUGAAACAGAUUCUUUCAAUGUCUGUCAUCUUGUGAGAAUAUUCAACUUGAUGAGCCGGCAACGUUUCUGAUUUAUCCGCAUUUCGGCCCUCUGGCACGUCGAAGGAAAUUUUUUUUUUUUUUCGAUUUGCAUUCAUCUACCACAUCGAGGGGAGGUGAAAUGAUGUCAAGGCCGAACUAGAAAGCCCAUGGUGCGUGUACGACUACUGGGAGUACUCAAUUGCUGGUCUUUUAGCUUUUCUUUUAUCUUUUUUUUGUUUCUUUUUUCUCUCGUCUAUUUUCGCUUUUAUUUUGCCGAAUAAAAAAAAGGUACAUGCACUUGGGUGGAAUAUGGAAGAAGAUAGGAAACAAAGUCAGUGAAUACAACGAGGUUUCAAUAACUCAUAAAACAAAUUAUACAUGUA